AUCGUUUGAUUUAAGCCAUACACGAACUUAUGAUGGCAAUGGAAACGAAACUAAUGUGUUUGAUAAUGCUUUCUAUCAGCAUAGACGCCAUUUUUGUGACUAAACAGCACACAUUUACCAGAAUACUGCGCGUGGCCAAACAGGAUCGUAGUAAUUAUACACUCAUUUCAAAUAACAAAACGACAAAUGUUGUUAUGUGUGGAGCUCGCUGUGAAAAUCAUGGAUGUUUCUCCUUCGCGUACUCAGAUUUGGACAAAACGUGUGAUACUUACUCCCGUGUGAUUGUAGAGGAAGAAGGCGCUGCCGUGUCCGAAGUGAUAAUGUACUAUUCUUUGAGUUUCAGCAGCUGUACAGACGUCCCCCUCAGUUUUGUGUACCGGAUUAAAAUAACAGAAGGCAAUUACAUCGACAUGUUCUGUGACAUGGAUUCUGCCCAGGGCCCGUGGACUGUGAUACAGAGACGAAAGCAACCAGGAGAUGAAAAUUUCACUCGUAGUUGGAAAAACUACAAGACCGGCUUUGGUGAUCUACAGCGUGAAUUCUGGCUCGGCAAUGACAUUCUUCACCUCCUGACAAACACUCCGAGAGUCCUACGUGUAGAACUAGAGGCCUGGGACGGGACAACAGGAUAUGCCGAGUACUCAAGGUUCCAAGUGGCACACGAAGAGAAGAAGUACAGACUCAAUGUUAAAGGCUUCUCCGGAAACGUUUCCACUGAUGCCAUGAGCCACAGUCAUGACCAACCAUUCACCACGUUCGACAUGGACAAUGACGAAGCUCCCGAACAUGUUACUAACUGUGCCCAAACUCAUGAUGGCGCUUGGUGGUUCAGACAAUGUACAGAUGCCAACUUUAACGGCCGCCAUCAGACAGACACGGGAGAAGACCCGAUCUCGGCAAUCUUCUGGUGGCAUUUCCCGAACCAUAAACGCCGUAAAACCCCGUUGAAGGAGUCAGUGAUGAUGGUACGGUAGCUGUGGUAGAGGUUGGAUUUUACACAUCUUCUCAUUUGUAUGCCUCAUCCCGCCCCCUCAAACGCCUUGUCUGUCUUGGUUUCUUGGUUUCUUGGGGAUAACUUUCGAGCAAUUAAUUAUUUUUAAAGCGUUAAAGCGAAUGAACCUCCGCGGGAAGCCAGUUUAUUGUGUGGUUACUUAGUCAAAGGUCAAGGUCACAGUGGCUUUAGAUAGUCAAGUGGUAUCCCUUGAACAAUGACUUAUAUCUAAACCAAACUUAAAUUGAUGUUGCUUGUUUACGGAACAUCUCAAUUAUUUCUGAUUUAUACAAAGUUUUAAAUUACAACACAAUUAAUACACUGUACAUCAUUCUGUGAAGUUCCUGAUUUAGAGACAUAAAAUACUUUAUCUGUGGUAUUUUUGCACAUAAGAUAAUACUAUGUUUUAACUUAUACAAUUAGAGACCUGCAAUACUUUGUCUGUCGUAUUUUGUUUAUAGGAUUAAACCGUGAUUUAUCUUAGAGACCUAUUUUGUCGUAUUUUUGUCCAUAUAAUAAAACUAUUUUUGUAAUUUUAACAUCUAAGUAGUUCAUUUGCAUUAAGUUUCGUUUUCGUGGUAUUGAUUUGUUGUAACCUUAGUUUUAUUAACUGAAAAAAAAUGUUAAUGAAAAUAUAGCUUCAUUCUGAUUUGGUACGCAGAGUGUGUAAAUGUAGCAGGACGUUCACCGUCAGCUGUGGAUAGAACCACCGUUUAUAUUUGACCAUUGUAUCAUACAAGUCUAUAACCUUAUUGUUCGUGUAUUGCUUGUCUGUAUUCAAGUUUAAAACAGCAAUAAACUGGUUUGUUGCAACUUGUUUGACGUUUAUCAUAUGAUAUUUACAUUUGCUCUGCAUUGCCACUAUAUAACACUACAAAGGUCAGUUCCGUGUUAUGAGACCAUAACACGGGCGUAGUGAUAUCUCCGCGGGACCAACUAACUACCGGAUAGCUAUUCCCCUCCGCACUAGAAAAGCAAAUAGUCAAAACAUCCAUAAUGAUUCAAUGAUAUAUUGUA